AUGUCGGAAAUACGAACACACUUUGGAGCACUGAUGGAUGUCACCGUUCGCAUGGAGACUUUCAUUCUCGACACCUAUGGCAAGAUGAUCCACGAUAUCGUCAAUGAGGUCUUGUGGGAGUCGAUAGAAGGGGGAAGCAUGGGUGCCCUGGAGAUCACUUGGGGUGAUUUGAAAGCAGCACCGAUUGAGUUCGGUAUCACAGACAACCGGGUGAAAGAUCCUCACUAUGAAGAAAAUCUGAACCGCAUCGACCAGGCCGCAGCAUCCGCUCAGUGGCAGAUCGAGAAUGUACUCCACUUUUUAGAUCCAGCGAACCGCCACUUGUAUAACGACUACGAUAAGCAUAUCCGAAAUGCUUAUGGCGAUCCAACAAAAGUCAAUGUCGAAGCAAUCAGAAAGACCUUCGAAGGCUUGAGAGACCAGAAGCUGCACAUAGGGAACAUUCAUGCGCACAAGUCCACGAUGGAGCACCAGAAAGCCAUCGCCCAGAUUAAUCUCGACGAGAAAACUGUGCGAUUGCAGCAUGAUUUUCAUGAUCCCAAUAAUACACCGGAGUUCCUGCCUGGAAUCCUUAUCCAUGAGGCAUCUCAUACCGUUGGUUCAUUCGACUGGUUUAACAAGAAGAAUGCUGAAAUCAAAGGCCAUCACGCACAAAAGUCAGAGACGGAGGAUUUAAACCCUUAUAUAUCGAAUCCAAAAGACUUCGAGGAAGCAAAGCGACUCAUCCCCCAUAAAAUGCACUUGAACGCCGAUUCGCACAGGCUCCUUGCUCACACCGUCUCCUUCGGAUGGAACGUGCCGAUAGAGCCAGAUCCCAAGUCAGCCCGCAAAUGGAACAAGACGCAGGACACAUGCACGCAUUGCCAACACGACCGUGCACCCACCCGCAAUCCAAAUGCUCCUAAGACCUACCACGAUCAUACAGACAACGAGCAGGUAGUCGUGGAUGCAGCCGGAAAGACACAUCAUCUCAAGGGACUGACGGUGGAAAUGCGAGGGAAGACGACCAGGCAGCUGAAGAAAGAGCUUGAGUGCCACAACAAGGAGGUUCCUGACGGAACCGUCGCUGCAUUGUGCAAGAUCCGUAAGACUGUUCCAACAUUCAAAUACAGGCAUAAACACUACCCCGCCUAUGAGCAACCACCUGCACAAGCCGUUGCAUCCCCUUCGAACCAUCCUCAGCGUGCCUCUCCCGAAACUACGGCUGAGGUACACGCUGGCAACAGCAGGACAUCCCAUACCCAUCACCCCGCCGCGGUCGUGUCGGGAACAGGGGAUCACAAGUUGCACGCAGUCCCUCCUAGUUCAUUAUCGAGGAACAAAGGAUCACCGGCACUCCUUGGCGCCUCACUCUCGUCAUCCCGUUCAGCGCAUGCACAGAAGGGGGAACGGACCGAUGCUGCCCAUGCAUUUUCCAAGGCACGCACGCACAAAUCGGAACAUCAGUCGAAAAAGAGGAAGGUCUCCCUUGCUUCGAAAGGUGCAUCAUCCUCUGAACUUCGUGAAGGCAAAGAGAGAUUGGCGAAAGAUUUCGGUAGAACCGCGAGAAAGUCCACUAGGCCUAGGACAUCGAUCGCGUCGAUGAAGCCUUCCGGCGUGCCUCCAAAAGUGAAGUCCCUCCGCAGGCCUCGUGUAUCAAAUUCAAAGCCUGGUUCGCGGGUGCCCAUUGUCAUCGAGAGAAAGGGAGCUCGGAACGGCCGAUCUUCAACUCGCCCACCGACUCAUCAAGGUCAGACCGUACACCCUAAUGCUCCUGGUACUCCAGGAAAGUCCAUUCGGGGCCCUACUCGAACGAUGACGCGAGUGCCCGUCGGCUCGGCUCUCAGAGCACCCAGCGCCUCCAUAGGCCGUCAGAACAGGGCUUCGUCGACAGCCGCAAAGGGAAGGGGGAAAACAACCGUACCGCCAGAGCGUAGGAAGGCAACAGUCGUGCCGCGAGGGAAAAAGGCGCCCUCCGUUGUACCAAAGGGGGGAAUGGCAUCUUCUGUAGUGCCAAAGAAGCCAAGUCUCUCCAACCACAGUCGCCUCGGCAGGCAGGCUGGCGCGAAGUCGACGUCCACCCAGACCGGGAGACCGGGUCUCGCGAUUCAAGCAACCAGUAGUCGGGUUGUUCGUGGGCAAAAGUCCUCUGCGCGUGGAACAUACACGAAGCACACUAGUCAACCUCCCGCGAAGAAAACGAAAAGCGCGAGGCCUCCCGCGCAUACCAGGCUGGUUGAGAAGGGCAUCGCCAAGAAGGCUGCGCCUCUGACUAAACCCGGAAGAAAGCAUUGA